AUGGCUUCCCCACCAGACCCUUCUGAUAUUUCUUCUGCCCUCGAAAGGCUUCUUCUCAACAGAGAUGUCUCUCUUGUCGCACCCCUUUUCUUGGGUUUCGCCUCUAUGAUCCGUUCAUCCCAAAAUCAUGAAAAUGAACCUACGCCCACUACUUUGCCUGAUCGAUUCAUCUUCUUCAAUCCCUUUUCCCAUCAAUUAAUGGUGGUUCAAGCCACUCCCAAGGACGGCCAACCUCCGGCCUCUAAAGCUUCCAUUAAAGCUAUGCCGUCUCUCCCUGUUUCUGAAGUUACUGAAUGUGUGAUUUGUUUGGAUGAGAUUGAAGUCGGUGGUCUCGCUAAACAAAUGCCUUGUAACCAUAAAUUUCAUGGUGAGUGUAUUCAGAAAUGGUUGGAGUUACAUGGGUCUUGCCCUGUUUGUAGAUAUCAGAUGCCAAUUGAUGGUGAUGAUGAAGGGAAGAAGGUUGGUGAUGAAGGGACAGAGAGUAGGGGAGAAACAGAGAUUUGGGUUAGUUUUUCUUUUGAUCAUAGCAUUAGAAAUGGGGAAUCUGUUCAAACCCCUUCUACUGAUUCUGAUCAUUCUUAUGUACAGUGA